AUGGAUGACGUUCGCUCUCUUCCUACCAGUUCCACGUCCUCCCAGGAGGAGCCGUCCAACAGCUGUCUCUUUGCACUCGUAACAAAAAACUUGAUGAUGUGCCAGGACAGUCUUUCCCUUGAUCAAUUUCUUUCCCCCAGACCUGCAUGUUCUGCGCCGCAGCAAAUACAGGAUGUUGCAGCAACAGCGAGAUCCCCCGUAGACGAAGAUCCUUUCGUAGACAAUUUGCCAAACAGUUCGGAAGCCACACAGUCAAACGACGCGGUUGAACUUCCUGAGUCGAUGCCGGCAUCCAAGAAGGACCCAGUGACAUCACCGGAUAAUACCUCCAUCCUUUCUCCGAAGGAAGAAGUCGCAGACGAUCCGAUACAGGAGAUUGAGCGGUGCUGUUUGACUUGGAGAGCUGGAAAAGUCAAGCCUUACUGGUUAGUUAUAGACGAACCCAAGUUCGGACAAUUACAAGGGUGUGCUCUGCGCAUCCAGCUCAAUCAGCGAGUCUUAAAAGUAUACUCCGUUGAUACCAUCUACCCGACUCCAGACGAUGCUCGGAAGGCAUGUGCGCUGGCCGCACUUGCAGACGGUGUCUUGGACUUCAUCCAGCACGGUGACGGACGGACUGAAACCGUUCCCAUAUCAGACGAGCCAUCGAAUGAAGUCAGCCCGUCCGAUGCUUUUGAAAACACGACCUUGACCGUGCAAGCCUUCUACGAAACUUUGCCGAAACCGUUCCCGGAGCACAUGGACGGCAAAACCGCUCAAGAGAUUAACGCUUCUUCCUGGCUGAACAUGAUGAUCCAGUCGGCGAGAGGCAGUAUGCUUAAUGCAAAGUUUAUCUGGACCAUGGGCCCCAAGCUCGGACUCCACGGCUGUCUUCUUCGCCUUGAACGACCGAUGGAAUGUAGAUCCUACUUGGUAGAUGCCAAGUUUACUAAGCGUACAGAAGCCAAGGCAGCGGUAUGCCUUCAGGCUAUGUGGCAAGGCAUUGGCGACUACAUACGCAGGGCUGCGGGGGAAGUAAAAAACAAGAUUCCGGUGGAGACGAGAAGACUUGUAACAGACAUUAUUUAUCCAACCAUUUUGUCGGAAUAUCGGAAGGUCCUGCCUGGCAGCAGCCCUUCAUUCGAGUGGAUCUCCGAUAAGGAUGCCUGUGGAUGUAUCUUGAUUGUUCAGCUCUCGCCUUCUCCUUCUCCCGAACAGGUCCGGAGGUACUCAGUACCGGUGGAGUACCGCAACAGAAAUGACGCGAAGACUGCCGUCAUGUUUUUGGCCGCACAACAAGGUGUCAUAGAUUUUAUCAGAUUUCGCGGGCAGCCACCUCCCCCAGAUUAUGUUCCGUUUGAUCCCUACUUUGUCAGCCCUACGAACACCGCAGGUCGGAAGCGGAAGUCAAUAUUGGAGCAGAGCUUCAUGCAAUUAGGGGACGGAGGCAUGAAUUCGAGCCGCAAGAGGUUCAAAUUGAGCGGUGGUUUUCAAGGUAACUUCUGGGCAACGAAUCCUCAAGGGAUAGCUCCUUAUAAUUCCAUGUGGAACAACCCUGGUAGCUUAUACCAGACUGGUUCUUGGUUUUCUCCACGCACCCCCGGUCCAGCUGAACUUGGCAGUGUUGCUGGAUCUGCCUAUAUGGGUCCUCCAGCAGGUCAUCUUCAGCCGGCGCUGGCCGUCGGGAUACCUACGAUGUAUAGUUUCCCUCAAGCCCUACUUCACUUUGACUCCGGCUCGAGCGGUGGUGUGUACUUCGGUCACGAAGCCCCCGUCAACGGCGGGGAUAGAGCAGUGUACUACGCGUCUGGUGCGCCUCAGCCUCCACCGUCCGCGGUGCCUCCGGCAGAACCGUACCAUAUUCCAUCUUCUUCUGUCCGCGGCUAUGGGACUACUCCAGCCAGUGGACUUAAUUAUCCGCCAUAUCACUCGCCCCCCUCUGUCGCUGGCACUUAUAUUUCACAGUUUCAGCAACCGUAUCAGAUGGAGCCUGUUGUUACUCCCAGUUAUCCUUUCUAUCCUGGGCAUACUGUAGCGCAGGGAUUCGUUCCUUAUCAUGCGCCUCUCGCUCAAGGAACGACUAUUCCUAUUUCUGUCUCCCCUGCAUCCAGUAUCUCGAGUGCCGCAUGCCCUCCUUUAAUGGCAUCUACACUGACUCUCAACUCCGUCCAACCUGUACAGACGGACGCUGCCACCAAUCCCACCGCUACGGUCAUCCCAUCCUCUCCAAUUUCUGCGAGUGUCAGCGUUUCUACAGCUGACAAAGACAACGGUCGGCAGGCCGUCAAGACUGCGACAUCACCGUCCACGUUAGUUCAGUCGACCACUGCCGGGACAUCUACCUUGGUUGAGCAGAAGAGUGUAGCCGAUCGUUCUGGGAACGACGCUAAGUCUCAAAAGUUUCAGUCGGCCUUCGACAGGAACUGCUAA